UUGCGUUUUCUAUGCUGUGGUAUCGUCACCGUCAGUGCGUCAGUAUUCUCGUUUCCACACUUCUACUUCUCCAGUUGUAUCGCGUUUCGCGUUCAAACACAACGGAUUUAUUACUACUUUCGCGCUCUUGAUUAAACGCACACUUUUAAAUCGCCUAAACAAAUUUAUCCAAAACAAACGUUGACAGAUAAUCAUCCAAAAUGUCUCAUACGGUAACAGUUACUAGAACUACAACUACGACAACUACCUCAGCUAUCAUAAUUAACACAGGCUAUUUAAAAUCAUGGCCAGGAUUACUGAAGUUUGCACAAUUAAUCCUUGGAAUUGUGACUGUCGGAAUCGUAGGUUACUAUAUCCAUAGAUAUGGAAGAUAUGUCAACACUCCCGAAAUAUUCUUCCUACUUAUGGCUGUGACAUUCCUUAUAGGAACGUUCCUACUAUUAACAUCGUGUUUGAUAUCUAUUUCAACUGCAUCUAUCAUCUCUAAAACAAUAUACGAAGUUGUCUAUCAUGGAUGUGCCUUUAUACUUGUAUUGGCUGCUAGUUUGACAUUUGUCAUCGAGAUAAACCAUUGGAAAAAGAGUUACUAUACCUCAGAUUAUGAAGCAUAUUUUGCAGCAGCAGUAAUUGGAUUGGUAAAUUCAGUACUUUACCUAUUAAGUACGAUCUUCGCCUUAAGAAGCUACAGAGGUCUUUAACUCUCUCCUAUUAGACAUUUUUGUUAACUAUUUAUUUGUCACGGUUUGACCCACUAAUGCCUGGUUGCACCAAAAAAUCUUAAGCUCCAGCUUGAGCUUAGCCCAGCUCAGCUUAUAGAUAGGGCUCGUCUAUCUUAGCACGUCUUAACUUGUAAGUUUAAGAUACAAUCCACUUGGAAAUCCAUUGUGGCAAGCUGAAAAUUGAUCUGAGACUCAAUGGUGCAACGAGUAUGUUUCUUAAGCGGAGCUUAAAGCACGUCUUAAGCCUAAGAUCUGUUGGUGCAACCAGGCAUAAUUAAGUUAAGGAAAUAAUUAUUUUUUUAAAUCGGCAAGAUGCAUACCAGGAAAAGUUCUUAUUAUUUCUUAGCUCCAUAAUAAAGUGUUAUAGUGUACAGACGAAUUUUGGAGCAAUUACCUUAAUACCCUACUAAGGACGAUGCUACACAAUGAAAUGUUGUUGGCUGAUGUACGCAGCAGAUCUGUACACACAGCUAAAGGUAACUACAGUGAAUAUCCAGUUAUUGCAUAAAAUUAAAAAGAAACAGGUAUGUAACAAGUACUGUGACAUGGAAAAACAUUUCUUGGAUGAUACAGUAGCAGAUAUACAGGUACUGAGAGUAAGGACAUGAAGAAGACUGGCCUUAAUUAGGCAAUGCUGCAAGGAUCUUUAAACGGAGGCCAAAAAACUGGAAGAGUUGUCUACUUAUAAAGAAGUCGUGACGACUCAUGUGAAAUAAGUCGUAACUGAUUUGUUGACAACACAAAGUUGAAUAGUACUCUGCAUGUCCAUUUAUCUUUAUAAUUACAGUGGAGUCCCGGUAAUCCGAAAUAAUUGGGACCGAACCCAUUUCGGAUUACCGAAUUUUUCCGAUUAAACAGAUUUUUUUAAAACACACUCUUUUUAUAAAAAGUAACAUAAAUAAUAUCCCUAUCAAUACUUUCGUUUUGUUUGCAAUAAGAGCCUAUGAUAAUAAGAAGGAAGUAAUGAACUCUUUAAUAGAAGAAUACAUUCAUCUGAGACGUACAAUCAAACACCGUUUUUCAAAACAAAAGUUGGAUUUAAUAUUUAAUAGUGGAAAUUUAUCCCGGGCCCAGUGCUACUCAAAUUUAAUUCACAUUCGUAUUCAGGAAGCAUAGAUAAGUUUAUGCUUUACUCUCAGAAUCUGUGAAUGAGAAAGUUAUAAGAAACUCUUGGAAAAUAAUUUGGCCAAGCAUUACUUACGAAGAAAUGCCAGAUGUAGGGCCUGAAGAAACUAAUUUGUUAAGGGACCUUGUGCAAAAUAUUUCUGGUUGUGAAGAGACGAAUAACAAUGAUGUAGAAGAAUGGGUGUGAGCUGAUGAUGAUGACCACGAGAUAUAUAAUGAUCAGUACCUAAAUCAUUGAAGUGGUUACAGAAGAACCUUCAAAACCCUCCAAUGAAAGUGAUGGAGAAGAAGAUGUCAACAGCGAACUGCGGGUAACCCAUGCAGACGCUGUGGCUGCGUUAGAUCUAGCGCUACGCUACUUAGCGCAACAACCUGGCGCCACACCAGUGGAUACCAUUUUUUUGAGAUGCUGGCGCUGGCGUAAUUUAGUUUCGAGAUAAAAAAAUCUUCACUAAAGCAGAAAAAUUUAACUGAUCUUUUCAAAAAAUGUAAAAUUUAAAAGGUUUAUUACAGUUAAGUACUUAAAAUAAUAUUUUAUUGUCAUUUUAGAUAUAUAAAGUAGUGGUUCUUGGAGUAAGCGAAAGGCCACACGGGUAAUAAUUUACGGCGCCGUAAGAGCAGUAAACCCAUUGGUUGACUAACUCGUCCACCAAUUGUAGAUGAAAUAGGAGUUAGUCAACCAAUGCCUCGUCAGGUUUACGGCGCCGCCGCCGUAAGAGCAGUAAACCCAUUGGUUGACUAACUCCUCCACUAAUUGUAGAAGAAAUAGGAGUUAGUCAAGCAAUGUCUCGUCAGGUUUACUGCUCUUACGACGCCGUAAAUUAUCGCUCGUGUGGCCUUAGCCUUAGCCUAAGCAGAUUUUCGGAUUACCGAAGUACGGAUUACGGAAAUUUACUUACUGUAAAUGAUGCCUUAGGUACAUAUUGUACCUAAAGUGAAAAAUUAUUAGAAAAAAUAAAAGUCUCCCUAUCUCUAUAAAAAAAAUAGUAUGGAAGCUGUAAUUAUCCUUAAUGUCCGACUGGUACAUUAUUUGACAAAAAAUAAUGGCAUGAUUUCUAAGUCAGUUAAGUAUGAUAUAAUGCCCGAAAAAUAACGCCCAGGGCAUUAAAUUUAAAUAAUUAGUUAAAUAUUGUCAAGUUGACAAAUAACAACCUAAGUACAACUAUGGUUACCACAAUUACGUUACGACUAUUGCUGGUAAAUGUACUUAUUUGCAAACUAAUUAAUUCAAAAGUCAUUCACAUUUUUUGUAUAUAAAGAAUUCUUUAGUCGGACAUUAAAGGUUGAAGGCACCACGGGUAUUAAUAACGCUUUCGGUCAACUUAUAUCCCUCGGGCUAAAGGCACUCUUUGCAUACUUUGGACCAAAAGCAUACUUUGGACAUCCUUCUAAAAGCGGCUCUGGUCUGCUCUAUCCUGGAUCUGAUUUCACCGUGACCAUGAUAAAGUCAGUGUAAGACCACUAAUUACACCAGAAAUAAAACCCAGAAAGACAGAACAAAAGACCAGAAAGAUAAUACAUAUUAUUAAAUAAGGAAUUAAAUUUUUUAAAACCCUUUUUAUCGACAAGUUUUAUUAUUGGUUUGCAUCUUGUUGACGUUAUUUUUGACUAUGUAAGACAAUUAUUUAUCACGUACUUCCAGUCGCCAGUCAUUGUAAUCGUUUUAGUGACUUUAUACGCUGCCAUAAUUCCGCAUUUUAACUGUGCCUUAAGUGUAAGCUUUUUAUAUAAGGGUAUAUAUAUUUAUAUAUUAAUAUAUUUUACAUCAGUAGCGUACCUAAUAAUUUUAUAGCAAUAUUUUUAUAUUUUAUUAAAACUGAAAUUUAUGUAAGAUAAAAUUUUAUAAAAUGUACUUAAAAGUAUUAGAUAGGCACGCUACUAUGUAUUUUGUAAAAGUUUUAGAAAUUAGAACUAUCUGUAGGUGCCUCUAAAACUAAUUAAAACUUUAAUAUAAAAUUUAAUAUUUUUAAUUUCAUGUUUUUAUUUUGUGCUCUUCGAAAUAAUUUUACUUUAUUUAUCCCAUUUUAUACUCUCGAAUACCUUAAAGUAGUCAACAAAGCACAAAUAUAUUUCUAUAUUGAACUCUUGAGAUUUUUCUACAAUUUGAUGAACAUUAAAACUGUGUUCUCUUGUGCCCCUAUCUAGGACAAAUUCACAAUUCUUCUUGGAGAAUAUAAUGGUAAGAGUAUUGAUUUUAGUUUUCCAUUCGUUAUGAUGAGGAGUAGGUACUUUGCUCGCUUGGGAUAUUAAUGCUACUGUACAGCAAUUGUUGUAAUCUGUCGGUGAACCUUUUUAUAUAUGGGAAUAAAAGUGAGCUUACCCCAGUCAUUUUGUCACUUUUCGGUGUUCCUGAUUUCGUUUAAGAUUAUAAGCAUUACUUAAAUCCCUACCCCUCCAAUUUCGUAGAGUGUCUCAGCUAGUGUUCCAUCUUUCCCACCAUUCUGCUUUUUUGAAUUUCAGCUAUUUUAUCGCCGCGCCGCCUCAAUUUUUGAUUUCAGUAUUUGUGGCUCUUUUUCAUAACUAGUUUUCUUUGCAUUAUUGCCUGGGUUGUUUUUAGAGAAACAGUAUUUCGCAAUAUUGUUUUCAAACCGCUGCGAUAACUUUUUUGGUUUGUAAUGAUAUUUCCACUAUAAUUUUUGAUGAUCUAUGUAUGCGGUUUGAAUUCUCUCGCUAGAUAAUUUGACUUUUGAGCAAAGUUCUCUAGAUUCUUGUCGGCCAGCAUGUUUUUCUAGUUGAGCACAUAAGAUUUUAAUAUAAUUACAUUGUCCCUUCUGCACAAGUAUUUUAUAGUUGUACUUAUGGUGUCUAUCUCUAUUUUUUUAUAUUGAAUUUGAUGUGCCGCUUCUAAGUUUUCGUCUUUAUUUUUGAUUGAGAGUAUCUUCAAGCAUCAAAUGUUUUUUCCUAUAUAUUUUCUUUAGGGUUUAUGUUGUUGAUGGCUUCAGUGAUCCAUUUCCUUGUGUGUCCCCACGUUUCGUCAGUGUCUCGGAUAGUCUCUGGUAGGUCAGUGUUUGCUAAUGCCCUUCUAAAAUGUUCUGGGUAUUUUGGAACCAAUGUUUGUCUUUUAUUUGUAAUUGUCUUACUCUGUAGCUUAAUUCAGAAUUGCGCUUGUCACUUUUUUUUUAGUCGGAACAAUAGUCUGCAGUAUGCAGCUGGUUUGGUCUCACCACUUCACCAUGGACAGGAAUAUAAUCUAUUUCAUUUUUGUAUCGUCCUCCAGGAUAUACAUUUUGUAUUCUUAUAGCGCGUUUAUAUUAAUUUCUCGAAUAUUUUCUGAGUACUCAAGUAGUAUAUAACUGAGUGCCGUGUAUAUUUUUGCCUACAGACCUGUAUAGAGGUAUUUUGAUAGUUCUUUCACAAUAACCGUAAUAUUUUGUUAUUGGUUACUUAUUUUUUAGAGGCUUAUCAUAUAUAUUUUUGUUACGUUUAUUAAUAUUUUAAAAACUUAUUGUACAGUUUAUUAGGUCUUAAAUAUAUUUAAUUGUGUCAAUUAAACAGACUGAAAAAUAAAAA